GCUUUCCUUCUUUUGGGACAAAAGCUAAAUAAAAGGAAGCAGCAGACAAUUUUAGAGCCCACACCACAACCUCCCCGUCCCCCUCUCUCUUGGGGAGUUCUUGACUUACUUCAAUCUCUCUCUCUCUCUCAAUCUGUAUCUAUCAAUCUAUCCAUCUUUCCAGAUCCAAGGUCCAUCUGGGUUUGCUCACAAGUUUAAAUUUAUGUCAAGUGGCUCAUGACAGCUAACAAGAAUCACAUUGUAAAAACCUUCACAAGCAUAUGAUGAUUCUUGAACUGUAGCCAGUAGUUGAUUGCCCAAGACUUCAAAAGUUUGACCUAAAAAUCAGACUGUAAAAGUCAGCAACCCCAACUUGGAAAAAAAAAAAAGAAAGUCAACAUUUUGGGGCUGCUAAAAAGUUUGAAUCUUCAUAAUCACAAUUGGGGAUUUUAGAUUUCUGUAAUUUUGUCCAAGAUUUCGUAUGGCCGUUGCGAACGAUGACAUGAAUAUAUACAAUGAAUCGUCUUUUCAACUCUGCAACUGCUAUAAAGUCGAGAACUUGACUGAAACCAUAUUAGAAGCUAAGCAGAUAUCGAAUCUGAAAGAUAGGUAUGUUCUUGGAGAUCAGUUGGGAUGGGGGCAAUUUGGUAUUAUCAGAGAAUGUUCGGAUAAAUUGACAGGGGAGGUAUUGGCUUGUAAGUCAAUAUCAAAAAACCGACUUGUGACUGAUGAAGAUGUAAGAAGUAUCAAGCUGGAGAUAGAGAUAAUGACUAAGUUAUCAGGGCAUCCAAAUGUUGUUGAUCUUAAAGCUGUUUAUGAGGAAGAAGGCUAUGUUCAUCUAGUCAUGGAGUUAUGUGCAGGUGGAGAACUUUUUCAUAAAUUGGAAAAGCAGGGGAGAUUUUCUGAAUCUGAGGCGCGGGUUUUGUUCAGGCACUUAAUGCAGGUAGUGAGGUUUUGUCAUGAUAAAGGUGUUGUUCAUAGAGAUUUAAAGCCAGAAAAUAUCUUGUUAGCGACAAAAGCUUCCUCUUCACAAAUAAAGUUAGCUGAUUUUGGUCUUGCAACUUACAUUAAGCCAGGUCAAAGCUUGCACGGAACCGUUGGAAGUCCAUUUUAUAUAGCUCCAGAGGUACUGGCUGGUGGUUACAACCAGGCAGCCGAUGUUUGGAGUGCAGGAGUCAUUCUCUACAUCCUUCUUAGUGGUAAGCCACCUUUUUGGGGGAAGACCAAAUCAAAAAUAUUUGAUGCUGUUAGAGCCGCUGGUUUGAGAUUCCAUUCAGAUCCCUGGGAUAGAAUUUCUGAUUCCUCCAAGGAAUUGAUCAGAGGAAUGCUUCAUACAGAUCCUUCCACGAGAUUCACUGCUCAACAAGUUCUUGAUCACAUAUGGACUAAUGGCACGAACCCGGUCUCUGUAUCACUGCCAAGUCCUGGAGAAUUUGAGAUAGCAGGAAGCUCCUCUUCUUCUUUGUUCAUGGCCAGGAACGAUGACAUUAGUUUUGGGAUUGGAUCACCAGUUAUUUGUGAGACAUUCAGUUGCAAAUCAUCAUUUUCUACUUUCCUCGUGGAGCCAGUGACACCUCUCAUAAAUACAUGUGGGUUUUCGUUCCGUAGUAGCGGCGGGUCAUCAAAUGCCACUUUAGAUUUCUGCACGCCUGUUCAAUCAAUGUCGAGUUUUACUUUUUUCGGGCCAGGCCCGGAGACUGAAAUUGUGCCUGUAGUAUGUGUAUUGGGGCAGGAAACGAGAGAAGGGAAAGAACAGAAGUUGAAUGAGGUGAAGAGGGGAGGUGGAUCGAGAAUAUAUGGAAACUAUAACAAGCGGAACCGUACAAUUGGACUGGGAGAGUUUGAGCAGCUGGAUCUUGUGGUUGCUGAGUCAGUUAUUCGGUGGGUGUCGUGCACGCAUCUAUCAACUACACUAAGGUCGGAUUUUGUUUGUUAAAAUUGUGAUAAUGACUGAGUGGGGGUGAUGUGAGUUUUAGGAUUUGAGUUAAUGGAAGUGGUUUGUGGAUUUUGACUCUGAAAGCAUGCAUUCCUUCCUCAAGUUUGAUAAUAUUAAUUGUCACUUAACUUCAUACUUGUUAAGAUCAAACUAUUUAGGCUUCUUAAUAGUCGAGAUGGGCAGAAGGACCGAACUCACGGUUUGGACCCCACCCCUCUCGUUGUCUAAGGCUUCUCAACCCAUUAUAUUUUGGGUGUGUUAGGACUGCAAAGGCCUAACCUGUCUAUACUUGUCCUAAUUUAAUCUUGGUUUUAGACUUCAGUAAGUGUAUAUAGUUUUGGACUUUUUUGGUAUUAGAACCUUUUUCAGAAA